AUGAGUAACAGCAGCCUGCAGGGUUGGUCUCCUGUGCUGCCUCUCACAAGCUUCGGCAAUGUGAUGAUGUUUCUUUUCAACAUCCUCCUGGCUGCGACCAUCAUCUUCCUCAACGUGUCCGUGUCUCUCUCCAUCCUGCUGAACAAGGCGCUGCGCAGCGAGAACCGCUUCAUGUACAUGCUGAGCACCUGCUUGAGCGACAUCUGCACCGGCGUGUCCUACUAUUACGCAGGUGUCCUCGACGUGAGGGACAACUUCAGCUCACCUACGAGAACCUUCUACAUCGCGCACACGUUUCUAGGGCUGUCUUACAUGGCCAUCCUGGCCGCGCAGGCAGAUAGGUACCACGCGGUGGUGUCACCUUUUAAAUACUCCCAGAGGAUGAGCAGAAACAAAACCCUGCUGGUCAUCUUCUCCUACUGGCUCUAUGCGUUCCUCAUCGUGGCCGUGAACAACGUGGUCACAGUCGGGGUGGCCAAACAGGUCACCAGCAUAGGCACGUUUGCGGGCAACAUAUUCACAGUGAUCAUAAUGAUAGGGCUGAACAUCAGGCUGUUCAUGAUAGCUAGGUUCCAGCUGGAGAGAGAGCCUCCUUCAGAGGAGAGAGACAGCAAGCGCUCCUCGGUGUAUCUCAUCUUGGUGGUGGCUGUGUUCUUCUUAGGCACGUGGCUUCCUAUAUUCUGUCAUGUUGUGGCAUGCAAUUUCUUUCGUUCGAAAUGUCAUACCUUUAAGAAUGAAGGCACUGACCCUAUUCGCAUUUUGCCCCGAGUUAACGCAGCCCUGACUCCCAUCCUGUACAUCAGAGGAUGCUCCGGACUCAGGGUGACGCUGCUCAGCAGAGUGUGGAGACGCUGCUGUAGAGGAGCAGGAGCAGGAGGAGCAGGAGGAGCAGGAGGAGGUGGUGAGAGGGUGAUGACACGCAGUCGGCGCCUUGGUGUUAUCCAAAAAUGA